CGCUGCAAUCCAGCCGGAUGUUUUGCGUCGCCAGUAUGUGACGGGAACAUUUGCUCGUUUUGUCACAAAGCUCAUCGCGCGGCUCCUGCGGCGGCCCCGACCAGGCACCGAUGAGUCGAGCUUUGUGAGAGGGCAGCAGUCAGCCCCGUGUGCUGGAUGUCUGUGACAGAUCCAUGGGCCAGAAGGACCAUGUGGAGGCAGGAGCAGGCCACAUCCUCGACCUGGGGCUGGAUUUGGAGUAUCUCCACGUAGCAGGGGCCGACCGGCAGGCUGGCGGCACCGACGGGCCCCCUGCUAUGGAGGAGCAGGGGGAGAGCUCCAGCGACAGCAGCGCCGGCAAUUCCCCUCCGCCAGCGGAAAAUGCCGGGUCUGAUGCGGAGUGCGAGUCUUCCAGCACCACCCUCGCUGCCAGCCCUGACCCGGACGGAGGAGAAGGAGGGUUAACUCACAGUAAGAACGCCCACCAGCCGCUUUGUCGGACCCAGUGUGUGGACUUAGGGACCGAGGGUCCUCCUGAGCCCCCGUCUGAACUCUCACCAGAGCACGAGCGCGACACCCCUGCCCAGCCUUCACCCAGCUCCCCGUGUAAGGACCCACCCGAGCCUCCGUCCACAUCAGAGCCGGCGUCCGAGGCCGGUGGGAAGGAGUACCAGGCGAAGCUGGAGUUUGCCCUGAAGCUGGGCUACUCUGAGGAGACAGUGCGACUGGUGCUGUCCAAGCUCGGCCCUGACACCCUCAUCAACGACAUACUGGGAGAGCUGGUCAAACUGGGCACCAAGCCAGACAGCGAGCAGCCGGCUGGAUCAUUAGCCUCUACCUCAUCUUCUUCAUCCUCCUCUUCCUCUUGUGGUUGUUCCGAUUUGCUGGAUGGCCAGAGGUCGGACUCGCCCUGUCCUUCAGACUCUCUGUGCGACCAGGACAACCUGCGGCCUGUUGUGGUGGAUGGCAGUAACGUAGCCAUGAGCCAUGGCAACAAGGAAGUGUUUUCCUGCCAGGGCAUCCAGCUGGCUGUCGAUUGGUUCCUGGAGCGUGGCCAUCAUGACAUCACAGUAUUUGUGCCUGCAUGGAGGAAAGAGCAGUCCCGGCCCGACGCCCCUAUAACAGAUCAGGAGAUUUUGCGUCGACUAGAGAAGGAAAAGAUCCUCGUCUUCACUCCUUCCCGGCGCGUCCAAGGUCGGCGCGUGGUUUGCUAUGACGACCGCUUCAUUGUCAAGCUGGCCUAUGAGUCAGACGGCAUCAUUGUCUCCAACGAUAACUACCGAGACCUGGCUAAUGAGAAGCCCGAGUGGAAGAAGUUCAUUGACGAGCGGCUGCUCAUGUAUUCCUUUGUCAAUGACAAAUUCAUGCCCCCCGAUGACCCUCUUGGUCGUCACGGCCCCAGCUUAGACAACUUCCUGAGGAAAAGACCCGUCAUGCCUGAGCAGAAGAAACAACCUUGCCCAUAUGGAAAGAAGUGCACUUACGGCCACAAGUGUAAGUACUACCACCCAGAAAGAGGUGCUCAGCCCCAGCGUGCCGUGGCUGAUGAGCUGCGCGCCAGUGCCAAGACCUGUGUCACCGCAAAAAACCAGGGGGACGCUGGGCUGGUGAAGAGCCACAGCGUGCCAGCUGGCAGCAUUGAGGCAAAAAAAGGCGCUCCGAAAAGGCAGUCGGAUCCCAGCAUCCGAGCUCUGUCGUACAGCGAUGCCGAGGAGAAGCUGCUGGCAAAAGGCAGGGCGGAAAGCCAGAAGGGCGGCAUGUGUGGCAGCAGCAGUAGCAGUGCGAGUAUAACCAUGUCCUCAGCCCCGGGAGGCGGCCCUCUAUCCGGACUUAACCUUCCCCAGGACCAGCAGUCCAGAGCAGGGACUCCGCAUGGUCUACCGGCCCCCAGCCAUGACCUUUACCCUCACUGUGAGUCUCCAGACUUGAGCUACUACUCCGUAACGCGCGCCUACUCUGGCCUGAGCCUCUCCUCCAGGCGGAGCCCGGACUGUCGCUUCCCCAAUGACACAGACCUGCGGCUGGGCUCCAUGGGCUCAGCGGGCUCCGAAUGCGGCAGCGAAAGCAGCGUGAGUUGCGGUAGCAGCUGCGACUCGUACAGCGAGAGGCCGUGUCCCGGAUGCCCCCCGGACACCUUACUGGAAGACAGCGUCCAUUUUGCUAAUCCCCACAGCCGGCUGUAUCCCCAUCACGCCGCAUCAAACCACGAACUCUGUGGCCUUCAUCCUGCCGAUUACACAAAUAUCCAACACAGCCACGCGUCUAAUACUGGAGUACACGGCUACCACCUGAGUGUAGCACGUGGGCAGAGCUGUGCCCACGAUCAGCCUCCGCCAGAGGCUCCCCCGAAGCGCCCUCUCUACCCCUUGCCCCCUCACCUCCAGCACCAGCCACUGGCUGCACGCUCCAGCUGCCCAGGCGACUACCACUCUCUAACCCAGGCCAACACCCAUCCCCCCGGCUCUCCUCUCGGCCGCUGCCUGGCGCCAACGCGAGCAGAGAGUGUGUCAGACUCACAUCUGUAUGAACACCUCUCCACAUCGCACCAUCACCACCGGACGAAAGCUCUGCCCAGCUGGGACACGUACUAUAGGCAGUCUGCACUGCCGCCGUCCAGGUAUGAGCCGUCUGCCUAUCAGAGCCUGCCAGACACACGCCAGUCAUCCUGGCACGCCCCUCCCUGGGCACAGGACGGCUACGCCCAGCACCACUCCUCUCACCCAGCUCUCCACCCAUCCCCGACGCAUUACCUAAACCACCCGCCGCCUCCAGCCCACUCUCCACACCCGCCUCACCCAUCCAGCACUUCCCUCCCGCCGUACCCGCCUCACAGCGCUCACCUUUCAGUGCCCUCCCACGCCCCUCCCCCGUCCUACAUGCCGCAGCACCCAGAAUCCCCUGCACACGGCCGCUACGGCGACGUGAGGGAGAAAGUGUACAUCAACCUGUGCAACAUCUUCCCCUCAGAGCUGGUGAGCCGGGUGAUGGCCAGGAGCCCUCACGUCACAGACCCCCAGCAGCUGGCCGCCGCCAUCCUUGCAGAGAAAGCCCAGACAGGCUACUGAAGAUGAAGGACAGGGUAAUCUCCCAUGUGAACAGUAGCAGUUACGUAGUCUGAGCAGGAACACGAAAACACAAACUGUGUUUGGUUUGCAUCAGCAGAGCAAACUGGAAUUUGCCGGUGCAACAUUUGAAGGCAUGUUGGGGUUUGCAUGGUGGAAUUAGAAACACUGGAAUGCUUUUGGAUUGUCUGCAAGGAGAGCGUUUUCUUUUCUCGUGACAUUAAUGAGACAAUGCAUACGUUUUAAAGGAUAUAAAAUGCCGAAGAUAAUCCAAAUCCAGCUCUGGUCACCGUGCAGCGACAACGAAAUCAACUUAAAGAAGUGUGGAGAGAGCGAGUCAUUUGACGACUUUGAUACAAAGUGCGACUUGUGGAGAUAGUUCUACACCUGUCAUGUUAGUCUUUAUUUAUUUAGUAGCUUAUUAUAUUUUCGCACUCACAUUAGGACUCGUUAUGCAUAAGAUUCAAAAGGCACUUUAUUUUUGUGUGUGUUUCUCAGCCGAAUCACAAACAAGUGAGUUGGUAUGGCGUCCAUCAAAUAUGACGGACUAUUUAAUCAUUUCCACCACGUUUGUGGCCGGAUUCUGAUUUGUAGGGACCACACACGCGCACACACACACACACACACACACACACACACACACACUUUUUUCAUUCAUGUGUAAAGUGCCAGAUGGAUGGGAUUUUCUACUUCAUAACUAUAAAGAAAGUAUCACAGAUAAAUUUCAUACAUUUCCACGUGAUUCUCCUCAUUAGUUUUGUGGCGAAUCCCCGUCUGGUGCUCCAUCAUCACAUGACCUUUCCAAGUUACUGUUCGAUCGAGGUCUGUGUAUCAUGGUUAUCUGUGUGUGUGUGUGUGUGUGUGUGUGUGUGUGUGUGUGUGUGUGUGUGUGUUUUUCCAUGUUGAUAGAUGUGGGUGUCUGAAAGAUCGUCGUCUUAUUUGAGACGACGUCAGUAUUUUGGUCAGAGUUGUAGCUGUAGAGAUGGGUGACCCUGUCGUGUGUACCUUAGUUUUAGUAAGGGACAUCUCUCUCUCUCUUUCUCUCUCUCUCUCUCUCUGGCCCUUUAUUUUGGGUCAACUCUGGCAUCUGCUACAGACAGAACAUCUGGACAUCAGUCAAUCAAACGUGUACGUAUUGUAAAUAUAUUUAACAGAUCCCCCUGCCGUGCUUUUUGGCGAACAGCGUCUACUGUCGUCUGUAGCAGAUCCCAGCUGAAUCCACGCUAGACAGAGAAAAACUUUGUUUGAUACAAAUUGUAUCAUUAACUAAGUCGCUGAUGUUAUAUACAGUACAUGGACUUGUUGAUCUGUAUUUAUCAAACACUCUUGAUGUAUUGCUAUAUGAUGAAGUGCAUUGACAACAGUUGUGUUCCGAUCGAGAUGUUCCAACUUUUAAUCUUGUGGAAAUUGCUUUGAGACAAUUAUUUCACAUAUGUUAUGAAACAAAAGGAAGUCGUCUGCCUACUAUGUUUAGGCAUCGCAACUUCUUUAUCUGCGCUUUUGGGUUUGAAGCUGGCUUAUUUUCUACAGGAGCUCCAGUUAAAUCAUGCGUGGGAAAUAUUCAUGAGUUUACCGGUCAUCCACCCAUUUGAAAAUGGAAGGGAAUUAGUCUGUUUUUUCAGUGAGGUUGGGGUCAGUUCAUUAUAAGUUUAUCAGUUUUUUUUAGCUUCUUUUAAGUCGGGAAGUAGAAAUCCUUUCAGGUAACAUACAACACUUUAUGCUUGAAAUAAUAGGAAAUUGAUGUUUUAUCAUUAACUAAUCUAUUGUUUCUAUUAAGUCAUACAACUGAGUGGAUAGGCUCCAACCAUGCUUAAUAAGUGAAAUUUUAUACUUGGGUCAGUCCCAUAACCCCAUGGCGGCCAUUUGAAAUGUCUGUAACAAUUAUUACAUGUUAUUGCAUACCUGACCUGUUCGGGAUAUUCAGCAUACUGGGACAGAAAAAUUAACAACAAUAAUUUGGACAUAUGUUGCCCUCAAUUGGUAGGACGUUAAAUGUUCUGAAGGCAGCGUUGGCUUAUCUACAACUGCGCCGAGGUCCAGAUAUUUAGGCCAUAUUCAAAUGUUUGCUGCCUGUCAGCUGAUUCAAGGAGCAGUUCACUAUGGCCGCCAUGGAUUUAAAGUCUACAGAGUGAGCUCGUCACACAGUUCAUCACAAGCCAGCUACAUAAAGCCCACUGGUUUCUUUCGCGUCCAACGUGUCACGUUGUACAAAUAAUGAGUAGUUGUACAAUAAGACGUGCUGUUGAUGAGAGAACCUUUGUGUGUAUUGAAGAAGCGCCUUCUCUCUGGCCUCCUGGCACUGUGUGUCAGUGUGGCACCUGAGGGUGGGCCCAAAGUAAUGCCUCUUCAUGGCAUUGUGCUUAUGACACAUCCAAUACUCUGAACUAUGUUCAGCUAACUGUUAUGCAUGCUUGAUUUGUUUUUGGUUUCUGCAUGGUUCCUUGUGUUUAAUUUGUGUACAUAGCUGUGUUUCUGUCCUGGAGGCUUGCCGUUUCUGUGACAUGAUGUUAGCUGUCGAGAUGCCUCUAGGCUUAUAUACACACAAAAAUUGCUUGUUUUUUUUCUGCUCGUUUAAGUUUUAUUGCAUAUAUCAGUUAGUAUUGAUUUCAGUACAGCACCCUCCUUUGACAUUCAAUGUAAAGUCAACGAGAGUGUUGCUGUGUUUUCUAUAAGGCUUGACAUUUACUCCAAAGGAUCACGCAUUUGCAAUGCAUCCCACUUUUCUCCAACAUUGUUUGCUUUGGAAGUGCACUUGGCCAUAGAUAGUGAUAAUGGAAACCAUUGUGUUAAAUCGACCUCUGUGCUGUAGCUUUACAAUGCUCUACAGGCCAGUAAACUCAAAUAGAAUAAAGAUCCUCUGUUUCCAUUUAUAUUUGCAUUUUGCCAGUAGUAUAACAGUGUAUCUUACUGAUUAUUGUAACAUUCUCACCUGUAAUUGUGAUUGUUCAUUAAA